AUGGAGUCCAAAAAUAUGGCAAGCCAGGACGGAAACAACAAGAGACCAUCGAAAGGUCUACGCCGGGCUUGCUGGGAGUGUAAGAGCAAAAGACCAAAGAUCCAAGGGAAUUCAAGCCCGACGGACAUGAGUUCUCAUCCCAGCUUGAAUAGCUCCGGGCCGGAUCGGGUAGAUCAAAACAGUACCUGCUCAAUACAUAUUGGUGAGAGGUUGUCCAAGCUUGAGCAACUCUUUGACCGAUUCGUGUGUCGCAAGAGCUCUACCAUGGGCGCAUCAUCAGAGGCUCCACCAAGUCCAACACUUGUUAGCUCUAGCGAUACGGAGUCCAAAUUUGGCCUGCCCGAGUUUUCGAGUGAUGCACAAAGCAUGUCGUCAAUAGGCAACGGAAUCCUGGGGGCCCAAACAUGGACUUCUGCACCUUCCAUCCGCACGCUCGUCUCACAGCCCGAGAGCGGACAGUCUUCGGGGAAUGACCAACUUCAUCGAUCUUUGACUGCUCUGUUGCCCUUGCAGCAUGAUGCAGACAUCAUUUUCGAGUCCUCCAACGGCUGGAUGAUUCUUGGGAACACCUACAGCGCGGCCAAAGAGAUUUGCGUCAACAGAGACCAACAGUCGUACGCUUUGGAUAUGCAGGCUGUCGCGCGAGAACGAUCCAUCAUCGUCGCCCGCACACUCCUCCAUUUAGCCAUAUGUAUCAACUCGCUUCCACCGGAGUUUGAUGAGGCUCGGUUGUCCAGCAUGUGGAACCUCGAAGCCACAAUGCAGAACUAUGUCGCCACGGUGACAUCUCUGGUCACUUCUUCGGACGAACAGAUGCUAACCCUCCAUGGACUUGAGACACUUUUGCUUCUCGCCCUUUACCACGUGAACAGCGCGUCACUUCGCCAGUCCUGGCUUAUCAUCCGACGAGGCAUGAACCUGGCUCACCUCAUGGGUUUCCAGCGCAUCAUCACACAACCAGAUACCGAACCGCCAAUUCCCGCCGUUUCUGAUGCCAAGAGAAUCUGGCGCACCUUUGUGGACAUGGAUAGAUACUUGGGUUUGCAUCUACGCCUCCCAUUUGCGGCAGAUGACUACCCGCUCGCCGACAACGCUGAGCUGCACCUUAUCCAUCGCUCGAGGACUAAUGCCAUAUCGCGGCAGGUAGCGGAACUUGACCGCGAAGUUUCACCACAGGCCUAUGCGGCGGCCCUCACCAUGGACGAGAAACUGGAGUCAAUCAUGAGAGAGAUGCCGAAAGACUUUUGGGAGGUGCCCAACAUUCCAUCGACAGCCCGAUCACCAGAGUCAUUCGCUUCACUGGAUCGACUGAUGGUACAGAUGUGGCACUUUGAGAUGAAGAUCUUCAUACACUUGCCCUAUCUUCUCAGGGCAUCGCAAGAAAGCCGUUACGAGUUCUCAAAGGUGACGGCUCUGCAGGCCAGUCGCAACGUUCUGAUGAGGUGGUUCGCUCUUCGGAACGCAUACAUUACACAAGCUUGCUGUCGCUUUGCUGAGAUUGGUGUGUUCAUCGCUGCUAUUACUCUGACGCUGGACAUUGUCAUCGAACUGGGUACAAAGGAAAAGAGCGAGGUGCAAAAGAGCAAGGGGACCGACUUCGCCAUGAUCUGCCGCCUCAUAGGCGAGAUGGAGAAGUUGGCCAAAGCAAGUCCCCGGGAAAAGAUUGCGGCCAGGACUGCUGUGGUUCUGAAGAAGAUAUUGUCGUCACUUGACCCGAGCAAGCAACCCGCUGGCAAGGCACGGCUAUGCAUUCCCUACUUUGGCACGGUCGAGCUCGAGUUCAAAAAGCCGCCGAGGAGGCCAGCGUUCGACAUCGACUCGGAUAUAUGCAAGAUGAUGAAUGCAACGGGUACUGGGCAGCACCUCCCGGUGUUCUCGUUCAUCAGCAAUGCACUUUGGCCACCUGUGGCUGGGGGCUCUGCCGACGAGUUUGAUUGGGACAUUGUACUGUUUGACGGGCUUGAAGAUCGGGAUACGGAGGGCAACUGGAUGUUCUGAUGGCGCUGUGAAUACCCUCGUGCCUUGAGGCUGGUAGAAAGGAAGGCGCUUGUACUGGGGCACGGUGAACGCUAGCGUGCAUAUGCGACGCGUUAGCAGCGCAGGAUCUCCUUUUUUUCUCUUCCUUUUUUGGGCAAGUGUAGCAUAGCGGCAAGGCAUGGAUACGUGGAGUUUGGCGCUUUGGAAGUUGGGCUUGUAAUGUUUUUUUGCGUGUUUAGUUUCCGUUUUGUGUCUUGUAGAAGAAGCACUUGAUAUCCCGGUUACGUGGCGAAGGAGGUGUGGUCAACUACUGUAUAUUGUUCGCUAUUGCGCGUAAACAGCAGACGAGUUCUUGGAUGAUAUUAAUAAUAAGAAUACAAUGAAUCCAGAAAAAACGCG